GAUUUCAAACACGAAGACUCCUCAUUCCUUCCUCUCUCUGGCUCUCUGCUCACCUAUUUGUAUCCAAUUUUCGUUCACCUUCCCUCAGUUGAAAUCUCUUCAACUAUUCCAUAAACUUCAACCUCAAAGCGAUUUGAAGCUUCUUCAAGUUAUUUCCUCUUUCCCGUUUUUUGUUUGUGCAGACUAAAACAUGGCUCAUAAACAUCUACAUGAGCUAUUAGUCGAAGAUCAAGAACCUUUCGUACUGCAGAACUACAUUGAAGAGAGACGAUGCCAGCUGAAAAGAUCGGUACCCAAAGGCCAACUACAGGUUAAGACGCGGAAACCCAUCUACGAGAACUCGAGUUUUCCUGCUAGCUUCUGUAGAAAUGCUUGCCUUUUCUCCUUUCACGAUUCUCCGGACGUGAGAAAAUCCCCUCUUUUCGAUUUCUCUUCCCCAUUGAAAAGCCCUUGUAGAAACUCGAAUUCGCUUUUCAUUCAUAUCCCAUCGAAGACGGCAGCCCUGUUGCUUGAUGCUGCACUCCGGAUUCAGAAGCAACCAUCUUCCUCGAAAACCACUGGGAAGACUCUGGGUUCUGGGUUUUUGGGAUCAAUAUUAAAGAGGAUAAACCUCCGGAAGCGGAAUCGAAAGCCACAAAUCAAAGGGAACGAGAUGAGGGUCUCGGUGAAGGAUAUCUUGAGGCGGGAUUCGUCUGAUGGGCGCAAAGCAUUUACAAUGGAGAGGCGGCAAGACCGAAAAGAGACAAUCGAAGCUUUGGACGGAAACAGGGUUGUUUCCGAGAUGGGUUUAUCUUGCUCGUGUAACAGCACACUUAGCAGUGUCUGGUCUGAGAGUAACGAAGAUAAAUCCGAAGAUUUGGAGACUUCGAGUAGCAGCAGGUCCGAUGAAGACUCCGAAGAGAUGGAAUUCCUCGUCGACGAGAGGAAUAAUGGAGAUUAUGGUUCGUAUGACAAGGCAUUCUGUUCGAGUCCUUUCCGUUUCGCCCUCCAAAAGAGUCCCUCUCCAGGUCGCCGGACGCCGGAAUUUGGUUCUCCGGCGACGUCUCCUAGACGCCGCAUAAAAGAGAGGGAAGAAGGAAGCCUGAGUUGUGUGGGAAAUAAGGAUUACGUUGGAGAAGAAGAAGAAGAGAAGGAACAAUGCAGUCCUGUCUCUGUAUUGGACCCUCCCUUCGACACUGACGUCGAUGAUGAUGAUGAGGAGGAGGGCGACAACAGCAGCGAUGACGGUGACCACCGACACCAUCAACGAGAUUAUGACUGUGAAGAAGUAGAAAAGGAUGAUAACCAUCUUGAGCUUGAAGAAGACGAGCAGAGUUAUGAGCUCCAACGCAGCUUCGAAAGCGUAAAGAGAGCAAAGCAAAAGCUUUUACACAAGUUGCGAAGAUUUGAAAGGCUUGCAGAGUUAAAUCCCAUUGAGCUUGAGAAGAGAAUGUUGGAAGUGGACAAUGAUGAUGAGGAGGUGGAAGAAGAAGGAUUUGAUGAAAGUUAUGGGUCAGUAUCCCCAGAUGAAGAUGAGGAGGAGAGUUUUGUUGAAACAGUGUAUAGCCGGUUUCGGUUAUGUGACAGAGAGGGGAAGGGGAAGAUGAUUACAGGGGACAUGAAGCAACUCAUAUUAGACCUGAUCGCGGAGGAAGGAAGAAGGGUUGAUAAUGAUGAUGAUGAUGAUGAUGAUAAUGGUGUAGAUAUGGAAGAAGUGGUGAAGAAUGUGAGCAAGAGAUUGGAGUCAUGGAAGGGGGUGGAGUCUGAUACCAUAGACAUGAUGGUUGAUUUGGACUUGAGAAGGGAAGGCGACGAGUGGAGGAGACGCCAAGAGCAGGUGCAAGAGAUUGCAAUUGAGAUUGAAUUCACCAUCUUUGGGUUACUGCUACAGGAACUCUCUGAUGAAUUUGUCCGAUCAUAGCCAGUCUUAUUUUCUGAUUUACAGUACUUAUUGCUGCUACAUCUAACCAAUUUUAUUUUAUUUUUUAAUCUUUUUAUUUCUCAAUCUUUUUAAUUUUGUAAUGGAGGCUAGUCAAAAGCUCUAAGAUUGCUUAAUUUGUGAAGUUUUAAGGUAGAGCAGAGACAUGACCCAAGGGAGGACUGGUUUAAAGGCCUCAUGAGAUACCAUAUCCUUGGGUGUAUGUAUCGUAUCAGGGUAAUAUAAUAUUGUAAAUGUUAGGAUGAUGUAUGUAUUAUUAAUAGAUAACAUGAGAUGUAUCUAUUUCUUAA